AUGAAGGGGAGUGCCUUGGUGGAUUACCUAGCUCAACAUCCCAUCAAUGAUUAUCAGCCUAUGCAUCCAGAAUUCCCUGAUGAAGAUAUUGUGACCUUGUUUGAGGAGGAAGUAGAAGAUGAGGACAGGGACAAGUGGAUCAUGUGGUUUGACGGUGCGUCUAAUGCACUAGGCCAUGGGGUUGGGGCAGUUUUGGUUUCCCCAGACAAGCAAUAUAUACCUUUCACAGCUAGGUUGUGCUUCGACUACACGAACAACAUAGCGGAGUACGAGGCAUGUGCCCCUGGGAUCCGAGCAACAAUCGACUUUAGGGUCAAGUUACUCAAGGUAUACAGGGACUCGACAUUGGUAAUCCAUCAAUUGAAAGGUGAAUGGGAGACCAGGGACCACAAAUUGGUACCUUACCAGGCUUACAUUAGGAAGUUGAUGGAAUUCUUUGAUGACAUAUUUUUUCAUCAUAUUCCUAGAGAGGAAAAUCAGAUGGUUGACACCCUUGCCACUCUAGUGAGCCUGCAUGAAGAUUUUCCGUACAUCAAAUUCAGAUAUCAUAGUGAGCCUACACAUUGUUGUUUGAUAGAAGAAGAGGAGGAUGGUAACCCUUGGUAUUUCAAUAUCAAAUGA